AUGUCCGACCACCAGUACAAGUUCAACGUGUCUAUGAGCUGUGGCGGUUGCUCCGGUGCCGUGGAGCGCGUCCUGAAACGCCUGGAAGGUGUCAAGUCGUUCGAUGUCAACCUGGAAUCCCAGACCGCGACUGUCACGACCGAGCCCAGUGUAUCCUACGAUACUGUCCUCACGACAAUCAAGAAGACCGGGAAAACGGUCAACACUGGAGAGGCGAAUGGGCAAGCGAUGGGCGUCUGA